AAAACGACCACACCAAACAAGACACCUCCUGGUGCUGACCCUAAGCAGUUGGAAAGGACUGGAACAGUACGGGAAAUUGGGUCACAAGAAAUUGGGUCACUCUCAUCUUGCAAACCAGGAUUUGGAGUGGAUCAGUUACGAGAUGACAAUCUAGAAACUUAUUGGCAAUCAGAUGGCUCCCAGCCUCAUUUAGUGAACAUCCAAUUCAGCAACUUGAAUUGGUGGAACCAAGUGGCUGGAUUCACAUUCCCUUAACUGAUAAUCAUAGGAAGCCAUGCACGUUAAUGAUAUAGAUUGCUGUUCUAGCCAAUCAUCAAAAUGGAAAAGACACCCAUAUGAGACAAAUUAAAAUAUACACACCGGUAGAAGAGAGCGCCAUUGGUAAAUUUCCUAGAUGUACAACUAUAGAUUUCAUGAUGUAUUGUUCAAUAAGGUGGCUUUAAAAUGAUAUGGAAGUCAUUAAACGUG